GGCGUCGUGACCGAGUACAGCGCCGAACGGGAUCGCUGGGAGGUCAUGAUUUCCUUGGAGAAGGUCGUGAGCCUUCGCCCGCGGAAUCUGCGGAGGUCUAAGCCUCCGCCUGGUGCGAUGCAACCCGGGUGCCCCGGGCAGAAGCAAAAAGCAGAGGGGUCACUUGCCUCGCUUCUCGGCAUGGGAAAGGCCAAAGAGGAGACGAGGUCUGAAUCGCAGCAGGCCUCAUCAACUUCGCAGUGGCAGUCAGUGUGGUCCAGGAGCGCUGGACAGGUCCAAGUGGCCCGCACACCUGCCUCAGCCAUGAGCGACGAGCAACUCUCGUAUCUUGAAAGCUUUCAAAGCGACGCAGAAAAGGUGGAGCUGAAACGCCUCAAGCGUGAGUCCAAGAUCCGGCGCGAGUUGGUGAUGCAAGGCAUCACGGACGAGGAUAUGGUGCGAGAGGUGAUCCGUCAGCGUGAGGAGGAGCGACAGCAGACAAUACUUUUCCGUGGCAAGGCCGGGAACCGCCGGGUUAAAUUGCUCGGGGUCGUUGUUUCAGGGUUUGAAGUCCAGGGUGCCCUUUUGGUUUUGCCCUGGUGCUGA